GCUCUGCAGAUUUUUGGGGUGCGCAUCGUGCUCUUUGACGGCCGCGCACGCUGCCUAAAAGACAUUACGAAAGCCAACCGCUGCGCUACGAGUAGCUACAACACACUAAUCUUCCAGCACACGUCGACUCGCAACGCGUUACUCUGCUACAGCCCAGCAGCCCACAGCAUCAUGUCGCAUUACUACGAUCUGCGCUUCGAGCGCAGCCUAGACAAAGCCCUGGAAGCAGCUCGACUCGCACUCAAGUCCGCCAAGUGCGUCAAAUUGACGGACGAGGCCCACGCCUACGGCGACAAGUUCGCGGCUGCCGAAGUGGCCGUCCGCCUCGCGACGUCCUCAUCUCUGGCGUUCGCCGAGCUGCUCGGCCUCGGCGCCACGAAAGCGUCGCAGAUCCGUGACGCCAAGGGCGACGGCAAACUCCAACUCGUGUGCGACUUCGGAGGCACGACCACGUACCUGAGGGAACGCGAGCGCGAGGUGGAAGGCCCGACGGUCGUCGUCGAGCAGAAGAAGGACACCAAGGGGGGCUUCUUCGGCGGCUCCUCGACAACAAAAGAGACAUCUACCAAAGUCACUACGAAAAUCACCGAGCACCUCUGGACGCGCACGUGGUCGCUCCGUUUGAUCGCGAAAAAAGGCGCGACGGAGAUCGUGCUGCUGGACCACGCGCUGACCACGACGGAGGCGACGCGCGCGAAGGAGAAUCGCCCCGAGCAGGCGCGCAAGAGCGUCACGCUCGCCGACGCGGACUGGCUCGUGAGCCUGGAUCCGUCGUCGUUCUCCAUCGACCGUGCGCACGAGGACACGAAGACGCCGCGGCGCAACGAUGACGUCGAGGCGGCGCUGAAGCGCCUCCGGGAGCUCGCCCAAUUCGCGCGCGCCAUCGAGGCCAAGGCGUUCCCCGUCGACGUGUCGCGGGCGGUGGCCGCCGCAGGCCUCGGGGCCCAGCGCGACGCGGUCUUCCAGCCGGCGGCCUGCGUGGCGCUCGUCGAGGGUCCUGACGAUGGCGCAACACCGCUCGACUCGUCGAACGAGGCCGAGCUUCUCGCGCACAGCCGCGCGACGGCCGCGACCGCCGCGCAGAACCUGGCGGCGGCGGCGACCAAGGCCCGCGAGAAUGCGGUAGAGAAGGAUUCGGAGGCGCCCGCGUGCCUGCUGGACGCGACCGCGGCCCAGGUUUUACUUGGCAGCGGCCUCGUCCAGGCCGCGGCCACGAACCUCGCGGGCGCCCUCGACCACUUGGAAAAAAUGCUCUACGCGCAGCUGCGCGACGCCGUCGGCAAGGAGCUCACGCCGCAGGAUUUCGAGAGCUACAUGGUCUCGCAUGAACGCAAACUGUUCAAACCGUGCUACCGGCCGGCGCCGCUCACUUAUGCCGUGAGAAGAUCGGCGACGGCGUUUCCCGACGGAUCCUUGAGCCUCGAGGAUUCAGACCGGGCGCCGGUCGCGGCGCUGUCGCGGCGCGUCGACGUGCCGGGAGACGAGCCGCGCGCGGUCCGACUCCCGCUCGGCGCCGCGACGAUCGUCGAGUGCCAGGGCGAGACGUACGCGCACGCGUACACGGCGCGGACCUUCGCCGGCGCGCGGCCCGCGCCGCUCCAGCUCGUCGCGUCGGCGCGGCAGUUCUCGUCCUGGAUCCUCGUGCUCGGCACGGUGACCGCAGUCGACGAAUUCACGCCCGCGCACGCGAUCGUGGUCUCGAACAAGGAUGAAGUCAUCAUACCGCUCUUGCUUGAUCCGCUGCCGGCCCCCAAAGCGUUCCGCGACGCGAUCGAGUCGCUGUCGCCCGAGCAGCAGGACUUCUGCAGGGCCUUCCGCGCGAUGCAACUAGCCUCGUCGCUCUUCGGUAUUCUGGUGGUGCAAGUGAAGCCGCAGCUCGAGGCGGUGCUGAACCUUCCGGCGGGCGCCCUGACGAAGGAGAUCGAGCUCUCGUCGCAGCUCAUGGAUUUCCUGCAGACCUACUCCGUGCCGACCGACGUCCUCUCCUUCGACGGCGACGCGGCGCUCUCAUCAUCAGAUAAGGUCGCGGCGGUGAGGGCGCACGCGUCGACGAUCAGCAAGAUGGUGGCGGACGCGCGCGAGCGCGACCUCGCGGCGAAGAAGGCCGAGGCCCAGGCGGCUGUUUUGGAUUCCAUCGCGGACGAGGGCUUCUCUCUACCUGAGUGCGAGGAGGAGGCCGAGUGCGUGGGCGCCGUUAUGACUUUCGAUUGCGCCGCGCCGAUGAUGGGCGCCGCGCCGCCGGGCCGGAGCCGCGGCGGCGGCGGUGGUUCUUAUGGUGGGAAGGGCGGCCGGCCCAUGAAGAUGCGGUCGAAGAGGGCGGGCGCGCUGCGGUCCACGGGCGGGGGACGCUACGAGCAGGACUUCGGCGCGCCGCCGCCGCCGCCGCGACCCUGCGCCGCAGCGCCCGCGAGCAACGGCGCGGUCCAGCCGCCGACGCCAACGCCGGCGCCGCCGCGCCCGCAGCAGACGGACGACGAGCCCGUCGCCGGCUUCGACGUCACGGCGCUGCCGCGGCGCCUCGACGCCGCCUUCGACAAGCUCGACGGGGACGCCUGCCUGCGUCCCACCACGAUCAAGCCAUCUACCCCUUGGCGCGUGUCGAGCCAGAAGGGCCUCCUCUCCGCCACGAAGCAAACGACCUACGACGCCGACCGCCUCGCCACCGAGAAAAGAAAAGCCUUCGAGUUGCUCGACGCUUUGACGCGGAGCGGCGCCAUCCCCCUGCUGUCGACGCAGCUCCACGUCGUCGUCGCGGCGACGCACGCGUUCGACCACGACGUGGCGGAGACGGUGAUCCGCGACAACGUGAACCCGAUCCUCAAGGCGGAACGGUCGUCGCUGCUGGUAGCCUCGACGCUGUUCGGCGCGGCGCCGCGGACCCUGGUCGAGCCGUCUCGCGUGCCGGCGCUAGCAGUUCAUGACGCGGCGCUGCUGGACGGGUAACCGGCGCCGCGACACCGCGGCGGCGCAGUCCAAGUUGUUGUUGCCCGACUUGUAGCUCUCACCAUCCCCUUGUAAUUUCCCAUUCCCAUUCAA